GCGGCCGUUUUCGGUUUACGGUCCGCAGUCCGUUUCUGGAGCCGGUCCGGGGCGGUUUUUGCUACCCCGUAUUCCCACGUAGUUGAAGUCAGACAGACGAGUCGCGCGUCGCGGAACACGCAGGGUGCAACGGACAACCGACACACACCGGGAAAUGACGGGUGCGAAUUGCGUGGACGGCUGUUCGUAACGGCGAGAUUGCACCGUAUCCUCCGCACUAUCCAGAUUUAUGAGUGCUGGACCCCGGUACUACAAUGUUGGCAUGCGUGUGCCAGCCGGCGGAUCCCGGCAUAUUUAGACGGUCGCCCAUCCCGCUGGGUGCGCCACCGUUAAAGAUUGCGAAUAGGGGUGCGAUCCCGAAGCCCGGCAGGAUAAUCAGAUUGUAUCCGCCGACUUCGACGAUUGUCCCGAGUUCAGAGGUCGACGAUGGUAAGACGAAAUGCGACGACGGUGUCAAAAACGAGCCGAAACAGACGGAGAAGGCGGAGGGUCGCGAAGAAAUUUCGACGCUGGUUAACGCGCACUGUGAUAAGAAGUCGAAGCGGAGGGCCAAACGAAUCGAUGAGUUACCCGAGGGCGUGCAGUUGACACUGAACGAACUGCGCGAGAUGGCUUGCCGCCAGCAGGCCCAGAUCGACUCGCAGCACCAGCUGCUCGCCGCCAAGGAGCAACGGCUGCGCUACCUCAAGGAGCAGGAGGCGCGACAGCAGCGCGUCCACGCGGAGAGCGAGAGGUUGCGCAGACUGCGCGACCGCGUGGACGCGCAGGAACUGAAGCUGCGCAAACUGAGGGCGCUCCGUGGACAGGUCGACCAUCAAAAGCAGAACAACAUCUCCCUUACAAGUGACCUUGAUUCGAUACGGGCCCUUUUCAAUGAAAAGGAGAAGGAGCUGUCUUUGGCGGUGGCCAAAGUGGAGGAGCUGACCAGACAGCUGGAAGAGUUGAGGAGGGGACGCACGAACAGGGAUCCGCCACCUCCGUCGGCGUUGGAACUGGAGAAGCUCCGCAGGGAGUUGAUGUAUCGCAACAAGCUUAACGAACAGCAAAAUCAAAGGUUACAUCAGCAAAGGGAGGCGCUGACGGCGCGUCAGGAGGAGAUGAGCGCCAUCGACAAGCGGAUAUCCGAGCUGCAGGAGAGGCUGCACAAAAAACGCAUCCUUAACCAGCAGCUGGCGAAUCAAAUCAGCGCAGCCUCGCACAAAGCCGCUUACCAUCAAUUAGUGAGGCUAACCGGGUCCAGUGACCAGAAUAAUCAGGCGUUCUCCAGAAAACCGCAGAGCCAACCAACGAACGGGCUAUCGCGUGGUAACAUCGCUGCGGUCGAGCCUUAUAAUCACGUUCCGAUGCAAUCGAACCACCAAAUUAGGCUCGCCAACAGCAACGCUCAAGAGCAACCCAACUUAGCAUAUCAUCCAGUAUAUCACCAAUCGAAUCAUAUCAAAAAAGAUGCAGACUCUCCCAAUAGUAACCAGGACGCCGUGGAUUUGGCUAAUAAGAUGGCGAACUUGUACUCGCAGAAAAAUGAUGACAAUGACGUCCUGAAGGACUUUUCGGUUUCGAAGUCGGAUCCAAAGUAUCAAACUUUGCCCUACAACACCAAGUUCACGGUGAAUCUGCUGCCUAAUAGAAUAUCCAAGCCGGAAAUAAAUGCUGAAAGCAAGGAGAACGACAACAGCAACAUAUCAAAUCAUAUCAAUGGGAACAUGCAGAGUACGCAUAUGACUGUUCAUAGUGCGCCUCUGAAUGUGAUAAACAAAAAUAUUGCUACGCCACUGAACCAACAUAAUCUUCUGAGUAAGAAAACUAGUGACCAAUCGUCCAUAUCAAAUGGAAACGGUUUAGAUGAUAAGCAGAAGGAAAACUACCCAGUAACAACGAGCAACUCGUUUAACACAUAUCAGAAGCCAAUAAGUAGUGUUGCUCCGACAUCGAUCCAACACACUGGCAUCCUAUCUAACAUCUAUCAAACCUCCUCCAUCAAAGUACAACCAGUGGAACCACAGACAAUAAAUUCCAACAAGCAACCGCCUGCAGUUCCGCUGCCGAACAACUCUCAGCAGUCGCUAAUACUGUCGCCACCGCAAUCGACCAGCACGCCCCUGAGCACCCCGGAAGUGUCGCUGGACAAAAUUUCGAAGCCCGCCUUGCCACCAAAGCCGGCGAUAAAGCCGCCACCGCGCCAAACACAGUCGGUCCUCGACCAAGACAAUGCCCCGCCACCGCCCUUGCCCCUAACGGAGCCGCCGGACGAAGGUAAUAAACCCUCGCCGCCGCCGAGCUUCCACAAUCCCCCCAAACCAGGUAACUUGCCCACUAAAAGCUACUUACAGUCGGCCUCGAAUAACACCAAUCAGUCCAAUCCCGAAAUGAUAAUCAAGGCGAAACCACUAACGAUCAAAAAGCAACCCCUGAGCGAACAACCCAAGCUUAGAACAGUUAGCACAUCCAAAUCGAACCUGUUUAACAACAGACGAAACGAACUGCCCCAAAUUCACUUUCCAGAGUUGCAAAACCCUGAGAAAAACGACUCGGAUAACAGUCCGACCGAGCCGAAGGAUAACAAGGACGAGACCGACAGAUCGUCGAUCGAAGACGCCGACCUGAAAACGAAGGACGACAAGUCGUUCGACGGCGUGAUCCGGCGUUGCAAAAAGGGCAACCUGAAACAGACCGGCAAGUCGAACCUGAGCAGGAGGGUCAGCUUCGAUCCCCUGGCUCUGUUGUUGGACGCGAGUCUCGAGGGUGAGCUGGAACUGGUGAAGAAGACGGCCACGCAGGUGCCCAAUCCCAGUGCGGCCAACGACGAGGGAAUCACCGCGCUGCACAACGCAAUCUGUGCCGGUCACAUCGAGAUCGUGAAAUUCCUGGUGGAGUUCGGUUGUGACGUUAACGCGCAGGACAGUGACGGGUGGACGCCGUUGCAUUGCGCGGCCAGUUGUAACAAUCUCACCAUGGUGAAGUUCUUGGUGGAGCACGGCGCUUGCAUAUUCGCCACCACGUUGAGCGAUCACGAGACGGCGGCGGAAAAGUGCGAGGAGGACGAGGAAGGGUUCGACGGAUGUUCGGAAUAUUUGUACAGUGUACAAGAGAAACUAGGAAUCCUGUCCGGUGGUGUGGUUUAUGCGGUAUUUGAUUACACCGCCCAACAGCCAGACGAGUUGAGCUUCAAAGCUGGACAACAAUUCACCAUACUCCGGAAGGGUGACGAGAACGAAAGGGAAUGGUGGUGGUCCAGAUUAGGAGAUAAAGAAGGUUAUGUUCCAAGGAAUUUACUAGGUUUAUAUCCAAGGGUUAACAGGAGUGAAGAAUAAUCUAAAACUUAUUAAUAUUGUUUUUUAAGUACCUUUUUUGCUAUAUCAAAUAAUGUAUAGGAUUUUUUACACCUUUGCUCAAUAUAGUCCUAUAUUGUAAAGUUAAAGGUUUUUUGUUAAUUUUAUUCAAAAUGGUAGUUAUUACUGUCUUUAUUGCUUUAAUGUAAUAAGCUUUUAAUAUAUUUUUGAGAUAUGUAAAUAUAUAAAUAUAUAUAAAUAAAAGAAAAUGAAAAUAGAAA